AACCACUAACUUCUCUCUCCCUCGCUCACCCUGACAUCAAAGCUUUGAACAAGUGAGCAUUCCUGGUUCAAUAUGGCAACCAUGUGAGGCUCAACUGCUAGCAUUCUUUUCCCAAAACACAUAUAAAAGAAGAAAGAAAAAAACAAACACACCAACAUACCAACAAAUCAGCUCAAAGUUGGUGGCGUUGAGCGUUUCAGAUCAUCUUCUACCUGCUCUCCACUCGCUUUCUUCAUAAAAACGGAGAUGGGUUUUGAUCUUCAACAUCAUUUGAGGAUGAUUCUAAUGGGAAUUAGAACAGAGCUUCCCCUGUUCUUCUUGUUUUGCUUAUGGUGUUCUUCUGUAAAUGGGUUGCUUACUGCAAAAGGUGUCAACUUUGAAGUGCAAGCCCUGAUGGCGAUCAAAGCUGCUCUGAAAGACCCACAUUCUGUUCUUAAUUGGGAUGAAAACGCUGUGGAUCCAUGUAGCUGGAGCAUGAUUACUUGUUCUUCAGAGAAAUUCGUCAUUAGCUUAGGAGCUCCUAGUCAGAACUUGUCGGGUAGCCUGUCGCCGAGCAUUGGAAACUUGACCAAUCUUCAGUCUGUGCUUCUACAGGACAACAAUAUAUCAGGAACAAUCCCAAUGGAGCUUGGGAACAUACCAAGUCUUGACACUCUUGAUCUUUCAAGCAAUGGCUUCCAUGGAGAAAUCCCCAUUUCUCUUUCAAAUCUCAAGAGUUUGCAGUAUCUGAGGUUAAACAACAACAGUCUUUCUGGGGCCAUUCCUUCAUCGUUAGCCAAUAUGACUCAGCUGGCAUUGCUAGACCUGUCUUUUAACAAUCUCAGUGGCCCAUUGCCCAGAUUGCAAGCCAAAACCUACAACCUUGUUGGGAAUUCGUUCGUUUGCUCAUCUGGGUCCGAGCUUAGCUGCAACGGAACAGCUCCACCGCUCUUAUUUGCAGUCAAUACGCCUCGAAACCCACAGCCUUUAGGGCGAUCCAAGGGCCACAAAUUAGCCUUAGCUUUUGGCUCAAGCCUUGGAUGUGUUGUUCUGCUAACUAUUGGGUUUGGCUUCUUCAUUUGGUGGAGGCAACGACACAACCAGCAGAUAUUCUUCGAUGUAAAUGACCAAAGAUUUGAAGAAGUGUGCCUUGGGAACCUAAGGAUUUUCCAGUUCAGAGAGCUACAAGCUGCUACAAACAACUUCAGCAGCAAAAACUUGGUGGGAAAAGGUGGGUUUGGGAAUGUAUACAAAGGGUACCUUCAAGAUGGUACAGUUAUAGCUGUGAAGAGACUAAAAGAUGGAAAUGCCAUGAGAGGAGACGUACAAUUUCAUACUGAAGUUGAGAUGAUCAGCCUAGCCGUGCACCGGAACCUCCUCCGUCUCUACGGGUUCUGCAUGACAACCACGGAGCGACUGCUGGUUUACCCCUAUAUGUCGAACGGCAGUGUUGCAUCCCGUCUCAAAGGUACGACACGGAAUGACAAAACUUCCAAGGGUAUAUUUGUUUUGAAAGCUACUGAUGUUUCUCCAUUAACAGCGAAGCCAGCUCUGGAUUGGAGUACAAGGAAAGGAAUAGCGUUGGGUGCAGCUAGAGGCUUACUGUAUUUGCAUGAGCAGUGUGAUCCUAAGAUCAUACACAGAGACGUCAAGGCUGCAAAUAUAUUGCUUGAUGAUUACUGCGAGGCUGUGGUUGGAGAUUUUGGACUGGCAAAGCUGUUGGAUCACAGAGAUUCACAUGUGACAACUGCUGUACGAGGAACGGUUGGUCAUAUAGCUCCCGAGUAUCUCUCGACGGGUCAAUCCUCUGAGAAAACUGAUGUCUUCGGAUUUGGAAUCCUUCUUCUUGAGCUGAUCACUGGACAGAGAGCUCUUGAAUUUGGAAAAGCUGCAAAUCAGAAAGGAGCCAUGCUUGAUUGGGUAAAGAAAAUUCACCAAGAAAAGAAGCUGGAAAUACUAGUUGACAAGGAUCUAAGGAACAAUUAUGACCCGAUCGAGCUCGAAGAAAUGGUUCAAGUAGCUCUCUUAUGUACGCAGUAUCUUCCAACCACCAGACCUAAGAUGUCUGAAGUGGUUAGAAUGCUUGAAGGGGAUGGACUUGCCGAAAAAUGGGAAGCUUCACAGAGGGCAGAAGCAAACAGGAUCAGAGUCAACGAGUUCUCCUCUUCCGAGCGAUAUUCUGAUCUUACAGACGACUCUUCCUUGCUUGUACAAGCCAUGGAGCUUUCUGGACCAAGAUGAUGAUUAUACAGUUUUUUCCCCCCUUUUUCCUAUACAAAGAAUCCCAGAGUGUAUUUUCCUACAGAAUUAGACAUGUUAUCAAAGUGAAUCUAUCAUAUGUCAGCCUCAUGUUGAGGCUCCAGUGUUGGUGUGAGAUAACUCAUAACUGUACAGUCCAAGUUCCCGUGCUCGUAAUAGUAAAACUGGAUUGAAUUUUGUUCCU